AGCUGUAUUACCUGAUCGCUAGGUUCUUGCAGUCCGGACCCUGUAACAAAUCCGCUCAGGUGCUAGUGCAAGAGCUCGAGGAGCAUCAGCUGAUUCCGCGCCGCUUAGACUGGGAGGGGAAAGAGCACCGAAGAAGCUUCGAGGAUCUGGUGGCAGCCAAUGCACACAUUCCUCCAGACUACCUCCUUAAAAUUUGUGAGAGGAUUGGUCCUUUAUUAGAUAAGGAGAUCCCUCAGAGCGUUCCUGGGGUACAGACAUUACUAGGUGUUGGUCGGCAGUCUCUGUUACGGGAUGCCAAAGACUGUAAGAGUACACUAUGGAAUGGGUCUGCUUUUGCAGCUCUACACAGAGGCAGACCUCCAGAACUACCUGUAAAUUAUGUGAAACCUCCAAAUGUGGUGAAUAUCACCUCAGCCAGGCAAUUAACCGGAUGUAGUCGCUUCAGCCAUGUUUUCCCCUCAUCUGCUUACCAGCACAUCAAGAUGCAUAAAAGAAUUCUGGGACACUUAUCUUCUGUCUACUGUGUAGCAUUUGAUCGAACUGGGAGGCGAAUUUUCACAGGUUCAGAUGACUGUUUGGUGAAAAUCUGGGCUACAGAUGAUGGACGCCUCCUGGCUACACUGCGAGGGCACUCUGCUGAAAUUUCUGACAUGGCUGUUAACUAUGAAAACACUCUCAUUGCUGCAGGCAGCUGUGAUAAAGUUGUGAGAGUAUGGUGUCUUCGAACUUGUGCACCAGUUGCUGUCCUUCAGGGACAUUCAGCUUCUAUUACUUCCAUACAGUUUUGUCCAUCAACUAAAGGCACAACUAGAUACCUCACUUCUACUGGUGCUGAUGGAACAAUUUGUUUCUGGCAAUGGCAUGUAAAAACAAUGAAGUUUAGAGAUCGCCCAGUAAAAUUUACUGAGAGAUCCAGACCUGGAGUUCAGAUAUCUUGUUCAUCUUUCAGUUCUGGUGGUAUGUUCAUUACAACAGGUAGCACUGACCAUGUUAUUAGAAUAUACUAUUUGGGUUCUGAGAUACCAGAGAAAAUUGCUGAAUUAGAAUCACACACGGACAAAGUUGUUGCUGUUCAGUUCUGUAACAAUGGAGACAGUUUAAGAUUUGUUAGUGGAAGUAGAGAUGGAACAGCAAGAAUAUGGCAAUAUCAACAACAAGAAUGGAAGAGUAUAGUGCUAGAUAUGGCUACUAAAAUGAGUGGGAGUAAUUUGACAUCCGCAGAAGACAAAGUCACUAAACUGAAGGUGACUAUGGUGGCUUGGGAUCGUUAUGACACCACUGUUAUUACUGCAGUGAACAAUUUCCUUUUGAAAGUUUGGAAUUCUGUCACAGGGCAGCUUCUUCACACUUUGUCUGGGCAUGACGAUGAAGUAUUUGUUCUAGAAGCACAUCCAUUUGAUCAAAGGAUCAUACUUUCAGCAGGUCAUGAUGGGAACAUUUUUAUUUGGGACCUUGAUCGAGGGACCAAAAUUCGAAAUUACUUUAAUAUGAUUGAAGGCCAAGGUCAUGGGGCAGUGUUUGAUUGUAAAUUUUCACCAGAUGGAAACCAUUUUGCCUGUACAGAUUCUCAUGGGCAUUUGUUGCUAUUUGGCUUUGGAUGCAGUAAAUACUAUGAAAAGAUUCCAGAUCAGAUGUUCUUCCACACUGAUUAUCGACCACUUAUCAGAGAUGCAAAUAACUAUGUAUUGGAUGAGCAAACUCAGCAAGCGCCUCACCUCAUGCCUCCCCCGUUCUUGGUGGAUGUCGAUGGAAAUCCUCAUCCUACAAAAUUUCAACGGCUGGUACCAGGACGGGAAAAUUGUAAAGAUGAACAGCUUAUUCCACAGUUGGGAUAUGUGGCUAAUGGUGAUGGUGAGGUGGUAGAACAGGUAAUUGGGCAGCAAACUAAUGACCAAGAAGAAAGCAUUCUUGAUGGAAUAAUCAGAGAAUUACAGCGAGAACAAGAUCUCAGACUAAUUAAUGAAGGAGAUGUUCCAAAUUUUCCAAUUAAUAGAUCAUAUUCUGUUAAUGGUGCUCUGAGUAGUCCAAAUAUGGACAUACCUUCUUCCCCAAAUAUCGGGCUUCGGCGUAGUGGUCAAAUUGAAGGUGUUCGGCAAAUGCAUAACAAUGCUCCUAGGAGCCAGAUGGCCACUGAACGAGAUCUCAUGGCCUGGAGCAGAAGAGUGGUGGUAAAUGAACUGAAUAAUGGAGUUAGUAGGGUGCAAGAAGAAUGUCGAAAUGCGAAAGGUGACCUAGAAAUUAGUCUUUAUACAGUUGAAAAGAAGAAAAAGCCAUCUUACACUAUCCAAAGAAAUGAUUAUCAGCCCAGCUGUGGGCGGUCUUUACGGAGGACCCAGCGCAAGCGUCAACAUACUUAUCUAACACGGUCCAACAUAGACCAUAAUUCACAGGCAUCAUCUCAAAAUUCAGGGAUACAGGAAGAUUCAGACAGCUCCUCAGAGGAAGAUGAAACUGUUGGCACAAGUGAUGCUUCUGUAGAAGACCCUGUUAUUGAGUGGCAAAGUGAAAGUUCUUCCAGUGAUUCAUCAAGCGAUUAUUCUGAUUGGACAGCAGAUGCUGGGAUAAAUUUGCAGCCUCCUAAAAGACAAACUAGACAGGCAACACAGAAAAUAUACAGCAGCUCUGAAGAUGAAAAUUUGAAGUCAUUAGAAGAUAGGCAGAAGAAACCAAAACAGACUAGAAAGAAGAAAGGGGGACUGGUUUCUAUGGCAGGCGAACCCAAUGAAGAAUGGUUUGCCCCGCAGUGGAUCUUGGAUACCAUACCACGGCGUUCUCCAUUCGUCCCACAGAUGGGAGAUGAGCUUAUCUAUUUUAGGCAAGGACAUGAAGCUUAUGUGAGAGCUGUAAGGAAAUCAAAAAUAUAUAGUGUUAAUUUACAAAAACAGCCAUGGAACAAAAUGGAUCUCAGGGAGCAAGAAUUUGUUAAGAUUGUAGGAAUCAAAUAUGAGGUUGGACCACCUACACUAUGCUGCUUGAAACUUGCAUUUUUGGACCCCAUUUCAGGCAAAAUGACUGGAGAGUCCUUUUCCAUUAAGUAUCAUGACAUGCCAGAUGUCAUUGAUUUCCUUGUGUUACAUCAGUUUUAUAAUGAAGCCAAAGAAAGAAACUGGCAGAUUG